CUUCCAAUUAUCUGUGGUUUUGUUUACAAUCUCGUCUCAGUCAAAGCACGUGAAAAGUUAACUGGAACUUUUUUUUUACAAAAAUGCCAAAAAGUGUCCUCAAAGAUUUAGCCAAAUGCAAGCAUCCCCAGAGCAGGAAAACGCUAGCACUGGCGCGUAAAAUGAAAAAAAUCGACAAACGUGAGAAGAAAAAAAUAGGACAUGCAGUAAAAGCAAACAUCGUCGGUAAGAAACUGGCUUGGUUCUCCGAACACUUGGAAGAUCGCACCGAGCCGCUGACACCAAAAGAAUUCGAAAGUCUGAUAAAUGAAUAUCUAUCAAGAUUCGACGAAGAACUAGAGCAAAUCAAACUAGUACAAUCGAUUAACAAACAACGGAUAAACCAACAUGCUUCUAGACAAGCUUCCAUAAAAAUUACCUUGGAAAAAGAAGUCAACGAUUUCAACGGAGGUGGCAUCGAGCUACCAAAUCUUUGUGACGCAAAAGAGUUUAGCCAGUUCCAACAAUGGGAUGGGAAUGCGCAGUCUAUUCAGCAUUUGAAGCUGCUUUUUAUAUCUCGCAAACGACUACAAAGUGAUGGUGAAAGUCAAAGUGAAAUAAACCAUGAGGAAAUGGUUCAAGAGUAAA